AUGGCCACCGUUAUCGACGGCAAAGCCGUUGCACAAACUAUCCGAUCUGAAAUCGCCGACGAGGUUCGUCUCCUCUCCCAAAAGUACGGCAAGGUUCCAGGACUUGCAGUGGUGAUUGUAGGAAACCGAAAGGACUCUCAAAGCUACGUUGGAAUGAAGAGAAAAGCGUGUGCUGAAUUGGGAAUCAAAUCCUUCGAUAUCGACCUUCCAGAGGAUGUUUCUGAAGCUGAAAUUAUCAAAAAUGUUCACGAUUUGAACGCUAACCCCGAUGUACAUGGUAUAUUGGUUCAACUUCCAUUGCCUAAGCACGUAAAUGAAGAGAAAGUUUUGACUGAAAUCAGCAUUUCGAAGGAUGUAGAUGGUUUCCAUCCUUUGAACAUUGGCAAGCUUGCAAUGAAAGGAAGGGACCCUCUGUUUCUUCCAUGCACUCCCAAGGCAUGUCUUGAACUAUUAUCACGAAGUGGUGUAAGCAUUAAGGGGAAAAAGGCAGUUGUAGUCGGUAGAAGCAACAUAGUUGGAUUACCAGCUUCAUUGCUUCUUUUGAAAGCAGAUGCUACAGUUACAAUUGUUCAUUCACACACAAGUCAACCAGAAAAUAUCAUACGGGAAGCAGAUAUUGUUAUUGCAGCAGCAGGACAGGCAAAGAUGAUCAAGGGAAGCUGGAUAAAACCUGGAGCUGCAGUGAUAGAUGUUGGCACAAAUUCUGUUGAUGACCCAACUAGGAAAUCAGGUUAUAGACUCGUUGGAGAUGUAGAUUUUGAGGAAGCAUCUAAAGUUGCUGGUUGGAUUACUCCUGUUCCUGGUGGCGUGGGUCCAAUGACAGUCACAAUGUUGCUGAAGAAUACUUUGGAGGGUGCUAAACGCACAAUUGAGCAGAAUAACUGA